AACCUCGCAUCUACGGAUUGUCUAAGCUGAAGUCUAUACAGUUGCCAGGUAUCAGUUUUGUUCGUGUUCAGAAUUCACCAUAUGUGCAUCUGUGCCCAGACCAUACUGAAAGCUGUCGCUUAAAAACUAAGGUUAAUCGAGAAUAUUGCACUCGCCUUGGUUAAAAUAACAAGUGCUGUGACAAGGACAUAAAAGGACGACGGAAGAGAACCUCAACGUAAACAAGCCACCUAGACGCGAUUACGAACUCCAAAGGCCAAAAAUCAAUGAGGUCAUAGAGGCACUUCAGUGACAAGAGCUGCCGUACUGUGAUUUGUCAGCCAAAGGGCUUUGGAUUCGAUUCCUGAACGAAGCAUCACAUCGAUAGCGCUACAGAUCAAAGAGAUACCAAAGUGUCACAUUUUGCUCAUCACUAAGGAUUGAAGACUGUUGAACGAGAAAUUAACCAAGUGAAAGGAAACUGAACAACUAUAUGAAACCACUGGUGAUGCAUUGUACAGGAUAUAAAGAAACUUUAAUUAAGCAGAGUUGGAUAUUAUAGUUUGAUUCGUGGUAAAAGAAGACGAAGAAGAGAAGAGCACACUGAUCUGGGAAUAAACAGGAAUAUAUUUUAAAAAGCAGAAAUUCCCUCAAGAUAAGUAUCUUCGUUUAGAUUGUGUACUGAAAAAAAAUUCGUUAUAAGAUCUAUUCUCUAAAAGGAUUGUGGCAACAAUUGAAUUUAUUCGUGUUUGGCCUCCAAGAAAAGCCCAAUAGCCUGCAGCAAAAUUCUACGAAGUGGUCUCAGUCUCUCUGAGUGAUAUCAUAGAGAUCAUAGAGCAAGAUAUCAAAAACACCGUCUGAUUUAUCUACCUAGCUCUUGAGUUUCGAAGCCAAAAGGUACGUUUCACAGGAAAAAAUAUGAAUGAAACAAACAGUGGAAAUGUUGAUUCCAACGCUAGUUUCAGAUAUCCCGUUCCGAUACAGACAGCAGAAGCCAUCAUUUCUGCAACCUUCAUCUGCGUUCUCAUCAUCUUUACUCUGUUAGCGAACAUAUUCGUGUGCUUCGCUACUCUCCGUUUCGACUGCAUCCGUCCGCUUACUAACUACUUCAUCGUCAAUCUUUGUAUUGCUGACAUUCUAAUCGCGGUCAUCAGCAUGCCAGUGUACGUUUUGGUCCAGGUUUACGGCAACAACGCAAUUCAGAUACUUCUUGGGGGAAAAUUCCUAAGCUUUUGGGGAUGUAUGGAUAUAUUUUGUGGAACGGCAUCUAUCCUUAGUCUAAGUUGUAUAAGUGUUGACAGAUACUUAGCAAUAACCCGUCCAUUAAAGUACGUGCGUUGCAUGACUUGGAGAAGGGGGUUCGUCAUGAUUAUUGCUGUUUGGUGUUACGCGGGAACCGUAGCGUUUUUAAGGCAACCUAUGACUUACAACCAAAACCAAAGGAAAGUUUACGCCUUGUUUGUGUUCGCCGCAAGUUUCCUCCUCCCAUUAAUCGUCAUCGUGGUUUCCUACAGCAAGAUUUUCUGCGUUGCACAGAAGCACGCACGGGACAUUGUCAGAAGAUCGAGUAUUUCCCAGGAGGAAAAGUUCAAACGAGUCUCACGUGACCUUAAAGCUGCCAAGACCAUUUCCGUCGUGAUAGGAACAUUUGUGUGUUUUUGGGCUCCAUUCAUAGUGGUCAGUGUGUGCUACUCGUUUAAUGUGUGGGUGGACUUUAUCUUUGCUAACAUUGUUAAAUGGUUGGCAUACAUUAAUGCGUUGCUUAAUCCUCUGGUAUAUUCCUGUGUGGACAAGCAGCUACGAAGUCUGGUCAUUAAGAUCGUGGUCUGCAAAGGAAGACGUGAUGAAGAGGCCCAAAUGCCCUUGCGCGCAGUUUGAGUCGUGUUUCAAGGACAAGUGUGGUCCAUGUAUCGUGAUUCAAGUCAACAGAUUCACUGAUACUUGAGACAAUAACGAGUCAUACGUUAUUGCAUGCAAUAUCAUAGCGACAAAGGGCUUGGAAUAGAUGGGACGGUAUUUGUACCCGUUGAGUGUAAGUUCCUAGUGCAUCAUUGUCAUUUGUACUCAAGUUUUAUCAAGACUUAUCAUAUAAUAGCAAUAGCAAUAGCAAAAAAAGCGUAAAGCGUAAAGAACAUGCCAGCCGUUCAACAGCUCUUCAGGACAGCGUACAAUACUUGGUAACGAUACAGAUAAAAGCUGAUGAAUCAGGUGUGAGGUGAUCAAGGGCGACUAGAAAAUUCAAACCCGCCUCGAGAACUUGCUUCAGCAAUAUAGUCAUAACGUUCGUAUUCAAUGUUCCAAACUUCCUCGCAGAUAAAAUUUCAUUCAUCCUACGAGGCCAAGCCACGAAUUUAUGAGUACAGUUUUCCCUCUUUUUACAGAUCAAAAAGCUGUUUGCAAAACAAGAACUUUGGUCCAACUUUCUUUUUUGAGAAAUGAACCUCUAUAUAUAUUGUAGGAAGUAUUCUAUGUAGGAGCAGGCGUAGGUCAGUUGGUCCACGGUUUGAUCCUCUGGAACUCCACGUCUGUUUCAACUUCCAUCUAAUCUGCAUCUAAUCUGCGUUCUUUCAGCUUUGAACACUCUUAAAACGGAGCACCAAUGGAGAGAGGAGGUAAAGUGCGCACCGUUAACUUCAGGAGAUAACCAGCCAACGUAGGUGAAGGAAUUAAGGACGUUAAACAUGAAUACUUUACCUUUGCCUGGAUGAUGCAUUCUGAUUGGCUGCCAAAAAUUUAUAUGUAACUUUAAUUGCUAAUAACUGAAUACAAUAUCCUUAUGCUUUACAAAUCGCUGCUGCUAUAUUAUGUCGCGUAGGAUGCAAUUGCAUCUCAAGAGAAGUAGCAUGCCAGUAUAGCAGCCGUCUGCAUGUAUUGCUAUGUUUCAAUCAACUGAUAAAACUCUUUGAAUCCCAUUCUCUGCUUCAAAUGGUAGCAAAUACUGACCAACAUUAGCUGUCAGCCACAAAGAAUCCUAUCGAAAGCUUGUGAUUCAGUUAAUGAACAUUCCACACGAGACAAGAAAUGACGUCAAGUGCCCCAGCCAUCCGCAAAAAAACUUCAUUUUCGUAUUACAAACAGGAUAUUAAUCAGAACGCAUGCGCUGUUUAUAAAAUGGUUUCAAGACGAAGGAAGUUGGAUGAUGUUUAUGGAUUUUAAGUACUUAAAAUCAAUCAAGCCUGCGGUCCUCAACUUGGAACCUUUCACUCAAGUAAAUUCGGAAAAGAACUAUUUUAGGAUUUUUUAAGUAAUGGCUCACUUACUUUAACAUUUAAUUCAAACAACGGGGUUGGGAUUUGUCUGUAUAGCAAUGAAAGGAGUUCGGGGGAGGGGAGGGAAGAGGGAUGAAAAUCACUCGAUCCCAGCCCCCGUCUCCAUUUGCCGAUUUUCCAGACGAAAUUUUGAAUUUGUUUGAGUUGUAUCUAUAUCCAUGCGUCCUCUCAUUUGUAAACAUUAAACAAAGAAUGAUACGAGGUCUGAAAUGGCAAAACAUUACGAUCAAGCUAAUUAGGUCUAUUGAUUUAAGCGAAAAUUAAAAAGGAAGUUAAAGUAGUUGUAAUAAAAAAACGCACAAAAACAUGCAAAACUUACCGAAUACGUGCAUUUAUUCCCCGAUCACGUGUUUUUGUGUCACGUCCUUCACGUGACGUGCUCUCGUCCAAUAGAAAGUGAGUUUGACCAGGAGAGGUCUACCAAUUUGUUCUUGUUUUCUUACAUUCAUAUAUUAACGUAUACAUGCAACACUUAAUUGCAAAAUCAAAGUGGAGUUCAAAACAUG